GCAGUGUUUUGCUCCUCCAUCCGGGCCAGCCGGCCACCAGCGGUGGGAGAUGGCCCGUCCUUUCCCUUUCGGCGGAGAAGCAGCGAGGGCCUGCCGGGCCCCUCCCCCCCGAUGCCACGAACUUUCUCUUCGCUGCCCUCUCGCGUCGUCGUCCUCUUCCUCGUUGCGCUCGCAGGCAUACAGCUGGCCGAGGGCGCUGCGAGGCGGCCCGUAUAAAUGCCAAGUGCCCCCACUGUUGAGCACAUCAGUCGGCAAGCAGCAGCGCGGCAUCUGGCCCAGCACAGGGACCCGAACAACCGCGGCAUGAAUCCCUUUAAGGUGCUGACGGUCGCCAUGUGUGCCGUCCUAGCGAUGGGAGGCGACAUCGGUGGAGGCGGAGGUAGUGGAGGCUACGGCGGAGGUGGUGGAGGCUACGGCGGGGGCGGCUUCGGAGGAGCCAGCUUCCUAGGUGGCUUCGGAGGUGGAGGCUUCGGUGGCGGCGGCGGCGGCGGAUUCGGAGGUGGUGGAUUUGGAGGCGGCGGCGGCGGUGGCGGCGCCAGCAAGACCAUUGUGGUCUCCGUCAGCGGCGGAGGCGGCGGCGGUGGUGCAGCUCCUGCUCCCCGGCCCGUAACCCGCUACACUGCUCACAUUGACCGUACACCUUUGCCCAUCAAGUACAAGCAGGGUCUCGUCGCCACUGGCAAUGGCAUCUCUCUUGUCGAGCCCAUCAUGGUCGCCACUCAAGUGCCGGGACCUAGGAUCAGCUUCCCGCAGGGCAUCCCCCGACCACAGCAAGCCAGUGUUCACGUCGCCGAGAUCCAGAGGGUUGAUGGCGGAGGCGGUGGAUUCGGCGGCGGAGGCUUUGGCGGCGGUGGAUUCGGCGGUGGCGGAUUCGGCGGCGGCGGAUUUGGCGGCGGCGGAUUCGGCGGCGGCGGAUUUGGCGGCGGCGGAUUCGGCGGCGGCGGAUUCGGCGGCGGCGGUUUCGGUGGCGGCGGAUUCGGUGGAGGCAGCGGCGGUGGAUACGGAGGCGGCGGAUUCGGAGGAGGACUCGGUGGUGGCGGCUUCGGAGGUGGUUUUGGGGGUGGUUUUGGAGGUGGCGCCGGUGGUGGCGGUGGAAGUGUGUUCCCGCACCCCAGGGUAGAAGUAGCCGAAGCCGUGCACAAGAUUCCGCUGGGCACAGCGGCCGAUACGCAUAAGGAAGGAGGCGGCGGAGGCCACGGAGGUGGAGGUGACACCGCUGUCUUAAGCGUCGACGUCCACCACCAUGGCGGUGGUGGAGGCGGAGGCGGAGGACACGGUGGCGGAUUCGGCGGUGGACAUGGAGGCGGAUUCGGUGACGGCGGUGGCUACGGAGGCGGUGGACACGGCGGCGGUGGCGGAGGUCACGGAGGCGCUGCGUUUGCUGCCAUCCCGGUGAAGGUUGUCGAAGUCGCCGGAGCCGCCGGCGGUGCCGGCGCUGUAUCGGGCGGAGGAGGAGGAGGACAUCACGGAGGAGGAUGGCACUAGACCUCAGGACGAACCAAAUAGUUGAUACGAAGAAUUGUCGCCAGCUGCGAGCAUCUCGCUCAGACCUGCCAAAUGCGCCGCGCACCGAGGCGCUCACCAUCAGCACUGCCACGGCACCAGGGAACACCUGCCGAACACUGUCAUCCUGUUUUGUAAUAUACUGUUGUGAGACGUUGCGUGAACUUCUCAACCCUUCUGUAAAAUAAACCUUUGUAAAUAUGG